AUGACCGCCUUAGCUGAGGUUCAAAGUGCGCUGACCGAAUUCUAUGCUCAGGCUUCUAGUCCGGAGCGCCUUGCUCAACUACAGGAAUCGCUCAUCACUUUUGAACAACAGCCCUCCUCUUGGAUGGCGGCCAUCCACUUUUUGACCAUCUCCUCCGAUCAAUACGUAUGUAUAUUCAGUCUGGGCAUCAUUGAAUCGACGGUGAAACGUCGUUGGACUCUCCUUUCCAAUGCAGAGAAGCAUGAAAUAUUCCAAUUUUUGGAAAAGUACGCUUUCCCCUCCAAUCAUCACCAACCCAUUAUGCCUUCUUUUCUCCCUAUUCUCAAGUGCAAAGCUAUAAAGAUUUGGACCUCCAUUUGUAAAAAGGAUUUUGUUCAAGUCCACAUGCAGUUUUUGGCAAGAAUCAUUAACCUAUUGACCGUGCCUGCUUCUGUAACUACGGAGGGAGAUCUGCAGGCUCUGUGCCUCUCUUUCUCCCUCUGCAAGGCCGCCUACGAAGAGUUAUUGCGUCAAGACUCCGAAAUCAGUCAAACGAAAGUCACCGAGAAUGCCCUUCUCUUUGGUCGUUCAGUUCCUCAACUAUUGGUGGCACUUUUUGAGGCAGUAGAAAGACUUCUCGGAGGAGACGUUACCAAUUCAGUUAAGACCAUGUUUUCCACUCCUCUCGGUUGCAUCUCUGAGGAGAACUUUCUCACCGCCCUUCGCUUUAUCCUCUACUUCGAUGCCAACAUUCUUUUCUCCUCCUCAACUACUGACUUGGAGAGGAAGUUAUCGAAUCUCCUGUUGAAGAACUUUGCCAACUUUCUGGAGUGUCUAACUGUCCUUUUAACCGUAUCUCCAAACACUGCAAUUGAUCAGUGCCGCCUUUACAGUCUUCUUUACAUAUUCCUCGUCAUGGGAUCUCCCAAGAUUCUAUCGACACUCAUCGACGCUUCCAGAUCGCGUAAUCUCUCUCCAAAUGUGCCUGUCGAUUCUCUGGCUGAGAUAGGAAUGCAUAGCUUGAACUGCCUUACAGAGGUGGCUGAACGCAAGGAUUUUCAACGCGACGUAAUGGCCCAACAUCUACCCUUCAUAUUCCGUAUCCUCUACUGGGAUAUGCUAAUGCUGGACACUCAAUUUCCCCUCCUUAAUUUUGCCUCAUCUAUCAUCAAUAUUAUGGCUGAGUCGGGUGUCACUCUCUCCACUUCCAGCUCCUCCAAUAACCUCUCUGGUCUUGCCUCUGUCACUCAGUCAUUGGAAUCCAUUUCAGAGGAUUUUUAUCAAAAGCUUGUGGAUAUACUUCGACCCCUAGUUACCGUCUUUUUGCUCUUCUCUAAGUCUCCAAAUGAGGAGGAAGUGGAGCAAGGGGGAGAAAAAGGAUCAUUCUACACUUUUUCUCCCACAAAAUUCCUUCAACGUGUGCAUUUCUUUACCUUCACGGUUUGUCGCUCCAUGACCCCAGUGUACCUUUCUGCUCUGGAUCUUUGGAAUGCCUAUUUAGACUUUGUAAAGACUUUCUAUUAUGGGGAUACUGGCAAUUCUAAAAAACAGGUGCAGUUGCCCUCCCAGACCCAAAGAAUUAUAUCUAGCCUCUGCUCCUCCCUCCUCAUUACCAUUUAUUUCUCCGACUCUGCGUCGUACCUUGAUGUCCUUGACAGUGAUUACCCAUCAGGCACUCUGGAGGUGGAAGAAAACUCCUCCUGUGCAGGAUCCCAUCUCGCCUUUUUUGAUGAUACCCUACAUCAAGCAGAUUCUAGUGAAUUAAUUGCGGAUAAUGAGAGCGAGUACGCCAUCUUCAUGCAGACCUCACUGACCCUCCUGUCCGCUAUUGCAUUCUUUAAUCCCACUACAGUGCUGCACAGCAUCGCGGCCAAGUUCCAGGAGGGUAUGAGUGUCUUCACCCAACUCUGCAAUGCCCCUGAACGCAUGAAGCUUGAAGAACACACCACUCGAAAAUUGCACUAUGCUCUGCGUGACCUUGCAACGUGUCUCAACUGUCUCGCAUACCUCUCCGAUCACUUUGGUUCGCUGCAAGAUAUCAGCAUGCUUCGAUGGCUCCUUGAAGCUCUUGUCUUUAAUCUGAAAUUGGGAGUGGCCUUCUGUGAUCGUUUGAAAAGUCUCCAGGUGGAAACUCUUCAACAGGAUGUUGUUCAGGUUGUCGUGGAGAACAUCAGCCUUCUUCGAUGUCUCCUAACUAGCGGUUUUGUCCUCGUUUCUGAGGUGGAUACACCCAUCUCUGAGGUUUCACAGAGUUACGUGGUUCUUUCAGUGGCUGAUAAAGACGUCUUCUCCACCUCUCUGUUGCAAUGCAUUCACCACCUUCUUCUCGUCUCUCCUAUCGCCUCUCUUCGGCUCCAUGCAGCCCUUCUCUUUCAGACGCUUGUAGCGGCUUCGUCACCUCCGAGAUUUUCUCCUCCAGCUACCCUUCUUUCUGAAGGUGCUUUUUUGGCUGAUCUUAUCACCUGCUGUUGCGAACCGAGUAGACUAAAAACCUUCAGCAUUCCCGUUCAACGCCUACUUGUACGCGCCGUCACUGCCUACCUGCUAAUCGACGAAAGCGCUAUUCCAAAUCUUGCUAAAAUUAAUCCUAAACGUGCGGAACAGAUGCAGGCUCUGACGGCUCAAAAGAACGGCAUUUUAAUGAACAGUCUCAUGCCCAUGUUCUCCCAGGCUCUGCACCAAGAUACUCUGACCACAGACAGAGGUACUUAUUUUGCUGGACUUUGUUGGCUCAAUGAAGCACUAGCCUCACUCAUUCCUUUGGGGAGUAAGAGCAGACGGCUGAUGUAUGACACGUUGACAUCCUGCGGCAUUCUCAAUCGCAUCUGGCAGUGUCUGGAAACCACCAGUCUUUCCUCUGAGGUGCACCUUUUUAUCGCACACCUCUCCUUCUUUGUCCAAUUCACCGACAUCUAUGGCAGUCAACGCUCCACCGCCUCCAUGAUCCCUGGCUUAAUUACAACUGUGAUGCAACUGCUGCAGCUGCUAGAGCGUAAUACCGCCACCGCACGUCUUGUCUCCCCCGUCAUUUCCCACCUUCUCCAUCUUCUUAACCGCCUUGUACAAAACCGUACUGUCUUCCCAUCCAUGGCAAUCGAGGUCCUUCGCUUUAUCAGCAACUGUCUUGUUGUGAAUCUCGCUGGCGGAGUGAUCACCGAUCUACCCUCCGUCAUUGCUACUGCCUCCAAAAACGAUCCUGAUCUAUGUUUGCGGGUCUUUCGGACUCUCUUCAACACUGCCUCCUACGCCUACAGCCAGAUGACCGCGGAAGUGGAGCACCUUGCCACCUUCCUUCGACCCGUUCUCGCUGUAUUCACGGGAGAGGUCUUUGAUCCUCGUCUCCUAAUUGCCUGCGCUGAUGCGAUGGUAGAUCUUAAUGCGCGCCAUCGCCUUUUCACUCUCCCUGCUUUUGUGAGUCAGUGGCGAAAUCAGUUCGCGCGUCGAUUUUUGGCUCUCCUAGUGGAUGGAGGCAGUUCAGUUCAGCAAGGCAGUGAUUCAGAAGCCUCGUUGAUUCGUGUGUUGCAUGGAGUCUACUGCUCGCCCGAGGGGUUUGCAAUAAACGAAUUCUGCGAGACAGCAGUUGAGGCUUUCUUGGUGGAGAGGAUACCGUUAGUAGGGGGGGAGCGACCUUCUGGACUCACAGCCGCCUUUUCAGGGGUGGCGGCGAGGGAUUUAAAUUCGUUGGAGGAGUUCAGUGUUCUCUUGAGUGGGCUUUUGACUGAGGUGAGACAGUGGAUUCGCGGGACUGGGAGCGCUGGGGAAGCGAGUAUACCACUGCUGUACAAGCCACGAUUAAGUGAUCUCUAUGAGGAAGCUGUAAGGAUUGUAUGCAUGAUCACAUCAUUUCCUAAUUCACAAUGA